CAGCUGUUCGUUCGUAUUUGCUUUUAUUCAUACGGUACUAAACAUGGUCGAGGAUGAUCUAUCUUGUUUGACGUCCGCAAUUCACAACAAUAAAGGGGCGCUGUCUCUUUUUUCUAACUGUCAAUUUACGGGCGUGUUACGUGGUAAUUAAAGACUGGCAUUUAAAUAUUCAUUAUAGAUCGGUUAGAUGACGCCAACGGCAAGACGCCGUGAUUUGACAGGUCAUGGGGGCCUGUUUCGGCCGAUGUUUUGCCAAAGUCACCGACUCAUUAUCGUACAGGUUGUAUCACAGGCAUACCAGCAUGUCCUGCCAAGGAGACGAACAAGCUGAGUUUAUAGAUGGAGAAGAAGAUAAAGAACAACCUAAAGGAUCAAAAACUCUGUUAUCGUUUCUCUCCUUAAAGCAAUUUAAGAAAAAACAUGGAGUUCCUGUGACUUUAGAGUUAUUAGACGAAGGGGGAUGGCAAAGAGGUUCUAACAAAUAUGCCAGAUUAAAUUCUAGAAAUGAUCCUUCUACGAGUUCUGGUUUAGAUACACCACUACAAAUACUUGAUGUACGAAAUUUAAUGAAACAACAAACUUGUGUUUCCUCUACACCUGGCUCCUCAUUAGAUCUUGAAUGGGAACACGAAGGGUUGCCACUGCCAGUUAUAGAUAAUGAUAAAAUUAGUACUGAUGGAUCACAAACUUCAAUUAAUAAUAGUCAGCCUUCUAGUUUGACAGCAUCUCCCUGGUCUAGAGUAUCAACACCAAACAGUUUAGAAUGGGAUCCUGUAGAAGCAGAUAUGGUAUGUGUUGAUAUGGAGACUGAACAGCUUUUGACUGAGAUAGAGCGAUUAACAGAUAGGGCUUUAAAAGAAACAGGCGAAUGGACUAAUGAUAGCUGAUAGAAGAUCCAUUUGUAUUUAAGAGGAUUGUUUGUAUUUUUCUAUUAUAUAAAAUAUACAACACGAGGGGGAAGGUGGGAAGAGAAAGAGAAAAGUGUAAAAUAAUAGAUGGCAAAAAAUGUUCUACUAUUUUCAUUUUUCUUCAUUGAAAUAAUAGAAUUUAAAUUGUUGCAAAUUAUUUAGAAAAUCUAUAAAAAUUGAUAAAAAGAAAUUUGGCAAAAGAAAUUCAAAAGUACCAUGACCAGUGAUACUAAACAUAAAAAAGAAAAAAAAACAGGAAUAUAAUAAAUAUUAUUAUUCUACAAAAUUAAAUUAUACAUAUAAGCAAGCUUAUAAGGAUAAAUGAUAAAUGUGAUAAAUGAAAAAUGAAUUUAUUUGAAUGCCAAUUGUAUUUAUACAAAAUAUUUGUAUGGCCUAAUUUUAUCAUUUAGUGUAAGAUCUCAGUUUUGUAGUCUAUGCACGUUCAUAUAUUUGAUAAGUUUAUACGAAAAUGGAAUUGUUGAAAUAAUUUUUAACAGACAAUAACUUACUUCCUACGGAUUAAUCCAUAUUUUUGUCCAUUAAAUUAAUUUCGAGUAAUAUUUUUUACUUAAUAUUAUAUCUUAUAUAUGUAUGUGUAUUGACAAAUAUCCAAAGUUAUUUUAUUUUAGUAGAUGUACACACACACAUUUAGUGUAUAUUUUGAAUUAUAUAAAACUUUUUUUUUAAGAACAUGGAGAGAGAACAAAGAAUCUCACAAAAUAUUACUUUAAGCAAAGCAUAUCAUGUAUGUUGCAAAACAAUAUUUGAAAUUGUAAGUUCUACUAUUCCAAUAAUUAUCUACAGAUGAAAUUAUGAUGAAAAAAGGAAUAAUGCUAAAGCAAAAUUCCUUGUAUUUGCUUUACAUUAAAGCUUAGAUUAUUUGAAAAAAAUAUAUAAUGGAUAUAUAUAUAUAUAUAUAUAUAUAUAUAUAUGUAUGUAUAUAUAUAUAUGUAUAUAUAUGUAUAUAUGUAUAUAUAUAUGUAUAUAUAUAUAUAUGUAUAUAUAUAAACUUUAAUGUAAAGUAAACGUGACAAACUGUGGUAUUAUAUAAACUAAAGCUUUUAAAGGAAGGUGCUAAAAUUCUAACACGUAUUUUAUGUAAAAAGUACAUAUGGACAUAUGGAUUAUUUUGUGGUAUUGAAAUAAGAGAUAAUUUAUUUAGUUCUUGAGGAGCUUAUCUGACUAAUCAAAUGUUUUACCUAAAAUAGACUGCUUUCGAUAAUACACAUUCAUAUUGCAUAAUUUUUCAGUAAUUGCAUUUUAUGCACAUAUACAUAUACUCAGAAUGUAUCACCACACAGGUGUUGAUAUGUUAAUGUUUACAUAAAAGAGAGAGGAAUAUAUAGAAAUAUUCCUAAAAUUGAUAGAUCAUUGCCUCCCACAUAAUUAUUUUACAUUAUGUAUGUUGAACACAGAGAUUCUAAAUAUUUAUAGAAAAUAAAAAGAAAUUGAUGUAGAAUGCCUUAAUAUUAUCAUAAUAGAAAUCUUCACUUCUUAAGUGUUAAUGAAAUUAGCUGAUGGAAUAUCUAUGUUUAACUUAUAUUUUUCAAAAUUGCAUGCAGAUUAUUGAAUUAAUUAUUGAUUUAAUAUUGUUGCAAUAAAAAUCUAUGAUAUACAGUUACAGUAAUGACAAUAGUCAAGUAAAAAGUCAUUAGCGCACUUACAGAUCAAAUAAAUUUCAAUAUUUUAAACAUGUACUAUAUGCGCUUAAAUAGUUUUUUAUAUUGCAUUAAGCUACAUUGUUACACAAUAAUAAUAGUUUUAUUUGUUUAAAAACAAAACCAAAUAUUAUGAAAUGUAAUAUUUAUUAUUACUACAAAUGAUAAUCUCUAAAGGAAAUUUCACAAAAUAUUUGCCUCUUAUAUGAUUUAAAAAGAAAUAAUAUUUGUUAUAUUUAUAAAAUUAAAAGAAAUAGUAUGAAGUUAUAAUAUAGAAUUUUUACAAAUUUAAAUAUAAAGUUGCUACAUAUGAUUGAGAUUAUAAAAUGUUGCAUAAAAUGAUACAUAUUAUUUUCGAUACAAAGUCAGUAAAUUUUUAAAAUAUCAGGGUACUAUACAUCAAUAUAAAUAUUUCUAAGUUAUUCUUAGAAAAUAUUCU